GUUCGCGCGAAGUUUCAUUUCAGAUUCUGUUCUCCCGCCUUCAGUCACUCGCCGACCCUUCUGAGUGAUCGAUAAGUAAUCAAUAAGAGAUCAGUAAUCAGUAUCUGGACAUGGCGACGCCACCGAAGAGGCUCCGCUCCGCUCCCGGAGCUCCGCCGCGGGACGGCAGCUUCUGCCGCCGCCUCAUGAAGAUCUCCAUCGAGGGAAACAUCGCUGCAGGUAAAUCCACCUUCGUCCGCCUCCUGCAGACAGCGUCCGAGGACUGGGAGGUGAUUCCUGAACCCAUCGGAAAAUGGUGCAACGUCCAGAAUGAAAGUGGCGACAUUUACCAGGACCUGAGCUCGUCUCAGAAAAGUGGAGGAAACCUGCUGCAGAUGUUAUAUGACAAACCAAGCCGCUGGUCUUUCACCUUCCAGAGUUAUGCGUGUCUCAGCAGAGUUCGAGCUCAACUUCAGAGUCCAUCAGCCAAACUUCAGCAGGCGGAAAAUCCAGUUCAGUUUUACGAACGCUCCGUCUACUCAGACAGGUACGUGUUUGCUUCCAACCUGUUUGAGACCGGUAACCUGUCAGAAACGGAGUGGAGCGUUUACCAAGACUGGCAUACCUGGUUGCUGAACCAGUUUGAACCGGACAUCUCCCUUGACGCCAUCAUUUACCUGAGAGCCCCAGCACAGCGCUGCAUGCAGCGGUUACUGCACCGUGGUCGGGAGGAGGAGCAGGAAAUUCCUCUGGAGUAUCUGGAGCAGCUUCACUUCAAACAUGAGGCCUGGCUCUACCACAGGAACCUCAGAUUGGAUUUUGAGUACCUGAAUGACCUUCCUGUUCUCAUUCUGGACGUCGAUGAAGACUUCAAGAAUGAUCACAUCAAACAGGAAGUCAUCAUCGACAAGGUCAGAGAGUUUCUCACCACGCUGACCAAUCAGAGCUGAGGAUGUGAGCAGCAAAGUUUCUGAUUGGACAAUCAUUUAUCAGCUGAUUUUAAUGCAGAAAAAAAUUAAUUUUAGUUGCAAAGUUUUAGUUUUUCUGUUUUUUUUUACUAUGUUUGUACUUUUAUAUUAAAAUGUUCUGUGUGUGUGUGUGUGUGGGGGGGGGGGGGGGGGGGGGUUGCAUAAUUGUACUCCUGAUGUAGAGAUGUCAGUAAACAGACCAUGGUGCUUUCAGGGACAGA